UUAGCACACAUUGGGAUUCACGUAAAAUAGUCACUUGACACGGAGCGGACUGCGAAACUUGUUUUGUUGUAAUCUAACGUGAUUCACGCUCAGAGAUACGCCUCUGCAGUAUUAAUGUCAACGUGAAAUACUUAGUGAUGCAAAUUGGUUAACAAGAGUCGCUUUACUUUGUGCAAUGGCGUCGAGAUGGCUUCGUUUUGCGAGACCUGCAAAUGAUGUUAGCUCGGGAGUUCGUGGCCAGCGACCCUUGUUUUUUUGUAGUAGCCACUCUAUUGGUGUCCGGAAGCAACAUACGAAACCUUUCCCAGAGUCGAUUGUACCAAGUAAUGUUCCCAAUGAUAGGCAAAGGAAAGCACUGUUUGGAGACAGGGAAAUCAGACCUUUCAGUGAGUUUUUAACAGACACAUUUGGGAGACAACACAAUUAUCUCAGAAUAUCUCUGACUGAGCGCUGUAAUCUCAGAUGCCAGUACUGUAUGCCAGAGGAUGGUAUCAAGCUUACACCCAGUAAUGAGGUGCUUUCCUCAGAGGAGAUUAUUCUUAUUGCAAGAAUGUUUGUCAAACAAGGUGUGACCAAGAUCCGUCUGACAGGUGGUGAGCCUCUGGUCCGGAAGGACAUCAUAGAGCUUUGUGAGGAACUUGGGAGUAUAGAAGGGCUUCAGGAUCUUGGAAUGACCACCAAUGGCAUAACGCUAGCAAGGAAACUUCCACAUCUACAACGAGCUGGCCUCAAUCUACUUAAUAUCAGUCUAGAUACGUUAGUGCCGCAAAAGUUUGAGUUUAUAACUCGGAGAAAAGGUUGGCAUAAGGUUAUGGAUGCUAUAGACACUGCAUUGGACUUAGGAUAUGACCCUGUUAAGGUUAACUGUGUUGUCAUGAAAGGACUAAAUGAAGAUGAGAUCUGUGAUUUUGUCAGUUUGACCAAGAAUAAAGCCAUUAAUGUGAGACUGAUUGAGUACAUGCCAUUUGAUGGUAAUAAGUGGAAUUACAGCAAAUUUGUAUCAUAUAAAGAAAUGCUGAAAUUAAUCUGGGAGAGAUGGCCUGAUUUCAGUAGAUUGGACGACCAUCCUAAUGACACCUCUAAGGGCUUUCAAGUUCCUGGCUUUAAAGGCAGUGUAGGUUUUAUCACUUCCAUGAGUGAGCAGUUCUGUGGUAGCUGUAACCGGUUAAGGAUCACUGCAGAUGGAAACCUCAAGGUUUGUUUAUUCGGGAACUCUGAGGUGUCUUUGCGGGAUGCGUUGAGGUCUGGGGCGAGUACAGAUGAGAUGCUGGAGCUGAUUGGGGCUGCUGUGGGGCGAAAGAAGAAGCAACAUGCGGGAAUGUUUAAUAUUGUGAAGCAAAAGAAUCGUCCAAUGAUCCUGAUUGCUUGGAUGAGGAAUAGAAUUUCAACACACGUCGACAACACUCCCGUGGCAUUUCUACGAGCUUGUCGGUAUUCAACGCGUUCCACUUCCAAUGACGGAUCGAACAACCAAUCACAACCAAUGAAUUUAUACAAGAGCCAAUCAGAUAUGUCUUGUACUACAUCACAACCAACUAACCAGGACAGUGACCAAUCAGAGACCAUAGGUCAGGACAAUAACCAAUCAGGAUCUCUGAAGCUAACGCACGUGGACAGCACGGGCAUGGCUAAAAUGGUGGAGGUCAAGGACAAAAUGGAGACAACGCGCAUCGCUGUUGCGACGGGCAAAGUGCUUUUGCCCACUGUGGCCUUUCGACUAGUAAAAGAGAACAAGAUCAAGAAAGGUGAUGUACUAACCACGGCUCAUUUAGCGGGUAUUAUGGCAGCAAAGCACACCUCAACUUUGAUUCCUCUUUGCCAUAAUAUACCGCUGACUCGCAUCGAGCUGUCUCUCAGGCUCGAAGAGGAAGAUCAGGCUGUGGAAAUUCGCAGCACUGUUACGACUGUCGGUCGCACAGGCGUGGAAAUGGAAGCACUUACGGCAGUAUCUGUUGCCGCCCUUACUGUCUACGACAUGUGCAAGGCCGUGUCACAUGAUAUACGGAUUAGUGACGUCAUGCUAUUGAGGAAGACUGGCGGCAAGAGGGACUUCACAAGGAGCGGAGAGGACGAUGGGAAGUGACGCAUCGUGAAAACCACCUAAAGAUUUGAACCAUAACAUUACCUAACAUUACCACCUAAAAAUUUGAACCAUGGAACUAUAGUAAUAACCGAAAAUCAGCUGUAUAUAUACUGGUAGUUUUUAUAUAUUCUCAUAAUUUCGCACAAGCAAAAUCAAACAAAAUAAAUGGUAUAAUUUUUAUUCAUUUUCGACUCACUGACUUUUCUGAUCGAUUGUACAAAAAAGUUAAUAGAUAUUGAAUUCUAAUAA